GAGCGAAUGAGCGCAGUGCGACGGUAUGGUCCCGAAAUUGGACAUUUUCCCAUGAUGAGCAGUUAGCUGCUUCUUCCAUGCAGCUCCUCGGGAGGGAUGGAGCGGAAAUGGGACACGGACGAACCGACGUUUCUCUCCUGAAGUGAACGGUGGGGCGCUUUAACUUCAGGCAAUUCAUGCUCACGAGAACCUCGCUGCGUCCCAGCAACUGUCGUGCUUUCUUGGCUAUUCCCCACCCGUCAGUGGCAGUGGAGCAGGAUCCAUGUUGCCAGCAAUUAGCCUCUCUGCACCUUUUCCACCAUCGCAGCCACCCUCCCACAACCUGUUUUCUUUCCCCUCGUCCCUCCGAGAGCCCGAUCCCCUACAAUGAGAUUCCGGAUCUACAAAAGAAAGGUGAUGAUACUGACUGUGGUGGUUGUCAUCUGCGGGCUGGCGUUGUGGACCAGCGCGCGGCAGAAGAAGAUUGAGCCGUUCCCAAAGGAAGCGGAGGUGGAGGCCCUGGCGAAGAGAAGUAGUGGCGUUAGCACGAGCAGAAAUAGCCUGGACGACCACGUCCGGUUGCAAGCCACGGUCGGCGCGAGCCGGGUUCCCGUCGCGCCGCUGAACCAGACGCGCCUGGAAAGAAUAAAAGACAAAGACAACAAAGCCAAGCCCAAUGUGGAUAACACGACACUGGUGUACCGCGGUAUCGUUUUCCAGCUCAAUUUUGACCAGACGAUAAGAAACCGGGAGAAGUUUCAAGCGGCGCGGCAGAAGGACGACCUGGUGGUGGUGGUCCAGGUCCACAACCGUCCGGAUUACUUGAAGCUGCUGGUGGACAGCUUGCGCGGGGCCCGUGGCGUGGAAAGCAUACUGCUGAUAUUCAGCCACGACUACUGGUCCCCCGAGAUUAACAAAGUGGUGAACUCGGUGGACUUCUGCCAGGUCCUGCAGAUCUUCUUCCCGUUCAGCAUCCAGCUGUACCCGCAAGAGUUUCCCGGCAACGACCCGAGGGACUGUCCGAGGGACAUUCCCAAAAAAGAGGCCUUAAAGUCGGGGUGCAUCAAUGCGGAGUACCCGGACUCGUUCGGGCACUACCGCGAGGCCAAGUUCUCCCAGACCAAGCACCACUGGUGGUGGAAGUUACACUUUACGUGGGAUCGAGUGCACGUCCUACGGGACCACGGCGGUCUGGUGCUGCUGAUCGAGGAGGACCACUUCCUGUCCCCGGACUUUAUCCACGUGCUGAAGCUGAUGUCGGCGCUGAAACGAGAGCACUGCGGCGACUGUGACAUCCUGUCACUGGGGAGCUACAGCCACAUCGGCUACUCCAGCAAAGCCAACAAGGUCGAGGUGAAGGCCUGGAAGUCCACCGAGCACAACAUGGGCAUGGCGCUGAGUCGGGACACCUACCAGAAGCUGCUCGGCUGCACGGACACGUUCUGCACCUACGACGACUACAACUGGGACUGGACCCUGCAGCACCUGACCGUGUCCUGCCUGCCGUCCUACUGGAAGGUGAUGGCCAGCGAGGCGCCCCGCGUCUUCCACGCCGGCGACUGCGGCAUGCACCACAAGAAGAGCGCCUGCAUGCCGGCCAGCCAGAAGAGCAAGAUCGAGAACGUCCUGCGGAGCAGCGGCAACCAGCUGUUCCCCAAGAAUCUCUUGAUCACAGAGCGGCUGCCGUCCAACGGGGCCGGAGGCGUGGCCCCGCAUGUGAAGAACGGGGGCUGGGGGGACAUCAGGGAUCACGAACUCUGCAAGAGUUAUGGGCGAUUACAGUGACCUUAAUUGCUUCUAUAUCAUAUAUCGUAUCUUUUUUGCAUCCUCGAUGAAGAGGACGGCCUUUGAAAACUAAAAAUCGGUGUGAACUUAUUGCCUGUUUCACGAGACUGUUCCCCCCUCCCUCCCCA